GUGCAUCGUGAAACCUUCCAGUUGGUGGUUGCUGCCGAAGCCGCUACGACUGUCGGGUCAUGGGCCGAACCCAAGUGGGGCGACCUUCAUGUCGACUUUUUGGCAUCUCCGAGCUCGUCAAUUAUAAACACUAUUUUCAUGUCUCGAUUCGUCAUCUUUCAUCGCCUUGCAAACACAAGCACAAGAAAAUUACAUCCUUCUCUACUGCUUAUACCUUCCAGAAGGCACUACAGUAACAUGAACAUCGCAGCCCCGACACAAAAUGGCAGCCAGAGCACGUGGGUGGGCCACCGAGGUGCUGGCGGUCUUGACCUGAGGAGUGACACCAUGACGACUCCUACCCCUUCAAUGAUGGCGGCCAUCCAGUCAACCACUCUCUUGGAUGAUGUUUUCAAGGAGGAUCCUACCACCAACGAACUUGAGGAUUUCUGUGCCAAGCUUACCGGCAAGGAGGCCGGUCUUUUUGUUCUUUCGGGGACCAUGGGCAACGUGCUCGGUCUGCGCUCCUUGUUGACCCAGCCGCCCUACAGCAUUCUUUGUGAUCACCGCUCUCAUAUAUAUAAAUACGAGGCUGGCGGUGUCACCUCCUUAACUGGUGCCACGCUCAAGGUCGUCACGCCCAAGAACGGCAUGUAUCUGACGCUUGAGGACAUCAAAGCAAAUGCAGAUCUCGACUCAGAUGUCCACACAUGUCCCACACGCGUCAUCAGCCUGGAGAACACCCUUGGCGGUAUGGUGACGCCAUUGGAAGAAGCAAGGCGAAUUGCCGACUUUGCACGCCAGGCGGGCAACCUCCGUGUCCACUGUGACGGUGCCCGCCUGUGGGAGGCCGUCGCCUCCGGGGCUGGAUCGCUUAAAGAAUAUGGCGCCUGCUUCGACACCAUCAACCUGUGCUUCUCUAAGGGUCUGGGCGCCCCGUGCGGAAGCAUCCUAGUCGGUCCAAAGGACGUUAUUGACAAUGCGCGCUGGGUGCGCAAGUCCAUUGGCGGCGGGCUCCGACAGAGCGGCGUCCUCACAGCUGCCGCCCGCGUCGCUGUCGAGGAGACUUUUGGCAAGGGCGACAAUGGCGAGGGAGGAUUGCUCAAGCAUACGCACGAGUUGGCCAAGGAGGUAGAGACCAUGUGGGUUGCCCUCGGCGGCAGGUUGACCUACCCGGUGCAUACCAACAUGUGCUGGUUGGACCUUGACGCAGCCGGCAUCUCGGGGCCCAGGUUUGUUGAGAUUGGACAAGAGGAGGGCCUGAAGCUGGGACAAGGUAGGCUUAUCACACACUACCAGAUAUGGCAGAACAGGGAAGAGGCUAUCCCAAAGCUCAAGCGCGUAUUCGAGCGGGUCAUGGCAGAGGGAGGUGGCAAGCCUAGUGGCCAGACCGUCUGGGGAUGGGGCGCCAACCUACACUACCUCUACAACGUCCGCAUCGACGUGCCCGCCCUGAUCCGCUACCCGGGCCGCUCCUCGGCCUCGCAGGUCCCACACCACAUCUCGACCUACCGACUCGCCGCGCUCCUCUCCGCCACGCUCGCCGCGACCCUCAUGCUCUUCUGGGCCCUGACCCGCCGCGACCCGGCCCUCGUCAUAUACUAUGACUGGAUCCCCAUGACGUACCUGCUCGUGCUGGCGGCGCUCUUCGCGGUGCCCCUUCGCGGCGGCGCCAUGCCGUCCUCUGGCCGGCGGAGGCUGCUCGCCACGCUGCGGCGCGUGUCGCUGGGCGGCAUCGCCGAGGCCCACAACGGCAAGUUUGGCGACAUCCUGCUCGCCGACGUGCUGACCAGCUACGCCAAGGUCCUGGCCGACCUCUACAUCUGCGCAUGCAUGUUUCUGACCUCUGGCGGGUCCGCCACCGCCCGCCCGGACCGCGGCUGCGGCGGCGCCGUCGUCGUGCCCCUCAUCCUCGCCCUGCCCUCCGCCAUCCGCCUGCGCCAGUGCCUGAUCGAGUACUCGCGCGUCCGCUCCGCCCCCUACAAGGAGUCGGUCGGCUGGGGCGGCCAGCACCUCGCCAACGCCGCCAAGUACAGCACCGCCUUCCCCGUCAUAAUCCUGACGGCCAUGCAGCGCAGCGGCGGCGGCGGCGGCGGCGGCGGCGGGGAAACAGACGGCACCGUCAACGCCGGCGUGAACCGCGCGUGGCUGGCGGCCGUGGUCGUGCAGUCGCUCUACACCUUCUACUGGGACGUGACCAAGGAUUGGGACCUGACGCUGUUCUCGUCGGCGCAGGAGCGCAACGCGCCCGACCAGCCCUGGGGCCUGCGGCGGCGCCUCUACAUCCAGCCCGCCCCGCUGGUCUACUACUGCGUCGUCGUGCUGGACCUGGCCCUGCGGUGCACCUGGGUCCUCAAGCUCAGCCCCGGCCUGGACAGGCUCUCGGGCUGGGAAGGGUCGCUGUUCGUCCUGCAGCUUCUCGAGGUGCUGCGCCGCUGGAUAUGGAUCUUUUUCCGCGUCGAGACGGAGCACAUUCGGAAUUCGAACCACGUCGGUCUCGGGGCUGAUGAUAUAUUGCUCGGCAACUACCAGGGCAAGUCGGACGAUGAGGAGAGCGAUUAG